AAAAAGGCAUAGUAAAGAGAGGUUGGAUGCCCAGUAUCCGGUAAAGUUUUCCAAUGGACAAUAGGGCUGAAGAGUAAAUAAGUAAGAUAGGUGUAUUUCUGUUCCUCCUAAUAUUUCUGUCAGUAGCUGGUAACAUUUUAGUAUGUAUUGCUAUAUAUACUGACAGGGGCCUACGCCGAAUAGGAAACCUUUUUCUAGCCAGUUUAGCCAUUGCCGAUCUAUUUGUUGCCUGUCUGGUAAUGACGUUCGCUGGUGUUAAUGAUAUUUUAGGAUACUGGAUAUUUGGUGCUCAAUUCUGUGACACUUGGGUGGCCUUCGACGUAAUGUGCUCAACUGCUAGUAUACUCAAUCUCUGCGCCAUAUCGUUAGACAGAUAUAUACACAUCAAAGACCCCCUUAGAUAUGGUAGAUGGGUGACAAGAAGAGUUGCUUUGGGUAGUAUAGCUACAAUAUGGCUAUUGGCGGCUUUGAUAUCUUUUGUUCCGAUUUCAUUAGAGCUCCACAGGCCACCUCAACCACUAGUUUAUAAUGCGGGUGGACAGAAUUAUCCGACAUGCGCUCUAGACCUUACUCCCACGUACGCCGUUGUCUCUAGUUGCAUAUCUUUCUAUGUUCCAUGUAUUGUAAUGAUAGGAAUUUACUGCAGACUUUAUUGCUAUGCACAAAAACAUGUGAAAAAUAUUAGAGCAAUCACCAGACCGAUCGAUUUACCAGAUGCAGCUACAAAAAAGAAAAGUACGAAACAGAAGAACAAAGCUCUUCAUAUCCAUCUUCACAAUCAUCACAGUAGUCCAUAUCACGUUAGUGACCAUAAAGCUGCCAUAACCGUAGGCAUAAUAAUGGGCGUCUUCCUCAUAUGCUGGGUUCCGUUUUUCUGCAUAAACAUAGUAACAGCCUUUUGCAAAACAUGCAUACCAGACAUCACGUUUAAAAUACUCACUUGGCUGGGCUAUUCAAACUCAGCUUUCAAUCCGAUAAUCUACUCAAUUUUUAAUACGGAAUUCAGAGAAGCUUUCAAGAGAAUUUUGACAGCACAUUAUCCAGCGUGGUGCAAAUGUGGUUAUCAGAGCGUCUCAUUUAACAACGACAAAUACGUGACCGAUUAUGGCACGAAAACGUUGGUCGUAAAUGCCAGAAGAAACGGUAGCUUUGGAGAAUAUUCGAGCGAGCAUCUCAGCUGCGAGUCGGUGAGACAUACUAGAGUUAAUUCCGAAAAGGAUAUAUUGGAAGAUAUCAGUGCCAUUUGACAGGAUUGUGCCAAUUUGCAAG